AGAGACACCUAGUUUUACCGAAAAAAUUCCGAAUACGAAUCGGGCCUCAAAGUUUCAUUAAUUUCUUGGACAACGUAAAAAUAUCUAUCACUUUUAACAAACAGAGAUAGCUAAUAUAUUAUUACAAUGUCCCUUCCACAAGAGAAACAGAAUGAACUCCGUCAGAUUAUUAGCACACAGCUGUCUCAGGUGAGCGAUAAAAUAAAUCAUGAUAUAAACAUGAUAGAACUUGUGGAAUAUCUCCAAAAAAAUUAUAGGUUGAUAUUCAAUCUCAUAUCAAAAGCGUGAUCUCAGAAAGCAUGACAAAGGCUGAGAUAGAUGAAAUGACCGAAGAAGAUUUAUUGCGAAAAAUAGAGGAGAAAGGUGUCUUAGACGAAGUCAUGAAUCGUCUGAAUAUUGAAACCGGCGACCCUUCUAUUGAUUAUUUACCUCAAAAAGUUAGAAAUACUCAGACCAAACCAAAGAAAAUUCCUAUCGAUCCUACUCAUCGAUACUUGUACUUAAAAAUAACUGGGGGUAAAGCUUUCAUUGAGCAUCUCGAAAAUGAUGCAGCAGUUCAAACUUCAGGACGUGUGCCAUCCUUCUUUAUUUUGCAUAUAUAUUUUCAAGGACAACGCUUUAAAUCAAAACCUACCUCCUGCACAGUUGAACCCGAGUUUAACGAAGGUUUCUUGCUGGAAUUGGGAAAAGAUAGAUAUGGAGGAAAUCAGAGACCCUUGGGUUCUUCAGCUCUAAUCGGAAUGCCUGAUCAAAUCCAUAUGGUGCUAAUUAAGUCGGAUAUUACAGGAGAUAAUACUAUAGUAUCAUCUCACUUCCUAGAAUGGAGAGCCAUUUUGACUAGGUCAAACUGUAGUUUGGUCAAGUCAAUAGAAUUACUUGGAGUUGGGGCAGAGAAUAAAGUUACCGUUGGCAUACUGGAUAUACAAUUAGAAUUUAUUCCCCAUUUUUCUGAAGGGCAAAUUGUGGAUGAUGAUAUUUUCAAUGGGCAGAUUUCUUUGGAAAAGAAUCAUGCUUCUGAAAAAGAGCGACUAUUCCUAAUUUAUGCUAAGCAGUGGUGGAAAGAGUAUUUGCAAAUUCGAACUCUACAUAGAGAGCGUUUAGUAAAAAUAUUUGCACAAGAUGAAAACGGAGUAAAUCGAGUAGUUUGCUCAUUCAUUAAACCUUUAAGAGCAAGUCGUUUGUUAGAUACCCCUCGUCAGGCAGCUCGAUUUGUAGCUUUAAUUGGAUAUGAAAAAUUAUCCUGUGUUGGGGCUGGUGAGAGAGUAGAGCAAUGGAGCUCUAUUCAUGCUUUCCUUUGUCGAAAUAAAGGAGACUGCGAGGAUCAUGCUAUUCUGCUCUGUUGCUUACUUUUAGGAUUCGGACUAGAUGCAUACGUGGCGGUUGGAACAAAGAUGAAAGGGUCCGCACAUACAUGGGUUGUAACUAUUGACACAUACGGAAAAGUAAUGUUUUGGGAGAGUCUAACGGGUCAAAGGUAUCAGCAUUCUCCCAUAUCGCUUGAUGAUUUACCACAUGAAAAAGUUGAAAGAAAGCAAAACCAUCCUUAUAAAACUAUUGGUUGCUUAUUCAAUGAUAAAAAGUUUUUUGCUAAUAAUCAGUCAAUGGAUAGAGUGGAUGUAUGUAAAUUUAACUUAGAAGAAGAAUCUAGCUGGAAAAAAAUGUCUGAAGAAUCCAUAGAGCAAGCAACAUCACCCCCGUGGCCAGUUAUUCCACCUCUUAUAUCUUCAACUAUAGAUUCAGCGACGGCCAGUAAUGAUUUAGAAACGGAAUUAAAAAUAAUUUUGGCGGAUUAUCGAGCAGAUAAAGGAUUAAGCACUGUUUGGGAUGAUCAUUUGGGAUACCUUCUCACUCCAGCAUUAGCCUCUUAUGAAUUUGAGAGGACAACAGGUGUAGGUAACUGUGGCAAUGACGAAUUUCAAGAUUCAGUGAGACGCUUAGUUCCUGAUGGACACACCUUUAAAGCAUAUCCGAUUCAAUUUGUUCAUAAUAACGCAAAGAGGGCUUUUUCAGCUUGUUUAAAAUCACCUGUUUGUGAAGAGAUUAUAACUUGUAAUGGUGACCAAGUUCGAAUGGCUGUAAGAGUUAGAGUAUUCACUUAUCCAGAAUCAGCAAUUGCUGCAUGGUGGAUCAUUGGGGGAGGAAUCGGAGGAGCAAGUACAGCUUUUUGGUUAAGCAGACUUUAUUCAAGAAGAGCUGAUAUUCACAUUUAUGAAUCAACUGAUUCGAUAGGGGGGCGCCUGAAGACGGUUGAAAUAGAUGGACAUUUUUUUGAGGCGGGAGGAUCAAUUAUACAUCCAAGAAAUAGUUAUGCAAAGCAGUUUGUAAAGCUUUUCGGGUUAAAGCAAAGAGAAUCAAACCUUGAUAUAAGUUUUUCCCUCGUUCAAAAUGACAAAGAAGUUAUUCUUCACACGUAUCGAGAUAAAAUUUUGAAGUUGAUGCAAAUGCUGUAUUUUUUCAAGUUGGACUCUAUAAGAAUUCAAUCUCUCGUAUCACGAAUGUUGCGAGAUUUCGAAAAUAUUUAUGAUUUACAAACAGAGAGCUUUUGCUAUUCUCAUCCAAAUGGGCUUUUAACUGCUAUGAACGUUGAAUUUUCUAAGUAUCUUAACACAACCUUGAUGGAACUUCUAAAGAGUUCAGGAAUGAGUAAAAAUAUGUUGGAUUUUGCUAAUGCUGCUUUAAGGACGAAUUACGGUCAAGACGAAACUCAUGCUUUCGUAGGAUCAGUAUGUAUGGCUGGUAUACAAUCAGGUCUCUGGGCUAUUCAUAACGGAAAUAAGGGAUUAGUAGAAAGAUUCAUACAAGUAUCAAAAGCAAAAGUUCAUUUAAAUACCAAAAUUAUGACCAUUAAAAGAAAUAAUAACAAAUUUACACUAGUUGCGGACAAAGAGAAAUUUUCUCAUGAUAUAGUUAUUAUUGCAGCUCCUUUGGAGAAAGACAUGCUGCAAACAUCUGGAUUUGAAAUGGAGUUUCCUUCAUUACAAAUGCAUCAAACAGUUGCAACCUUUGUAAAUGCAGAGUUAAAUAGUUCAUUCUGGGAAUUUGGCGAAGAAAAACCAGAAGUAAUUCUUGCAAUAAAGUCAUUUUAUAAUUCUAUUGGAAAACAAACUCCAAUUAACUACAAUAGUGACAAUGAACAGAUGAAAAAUCUUUCUGUAUAUAAAAUAUUUUCCAACAACGAGUUAACUGACAACCAGCUGAACAAACUGUUUAAAAAUAUUCGACAGAAAAAGGUUAUUUCCUGGAAAGCUUAUCCAGAAUACUCUACUCCGCAACUGACCAACAGCUUCAUUUUAGCGGAUAAUUUGUAUUAUAAUAAUGCAAUAGAAAGUUUAGCCAGUGCUAUUGAAAUGUCGAUAAUUAGUGCGAGAAACUCUGCUAUAUUAGCGUAUUAUAAAUGGAAAGGUGACGAUAAGAAAAUUGAUCCUAAUUUGAAUACUUUUCAUGCCGAACUCUGA